AUGAUGAGUCGCGCCAGUGUCGCCGUCAUCGGUGCCGGCCCGACUGGCAUUACCAUGCUGAAGCAGCUUCUCCAAGACGGAUUUAACGCUACGUUGUUCGAAAGACGAAGUCAAGUCGGCGGACUAUGGGCGUUCGACGCAAAACAUGGCUGGACUUCAGCUUUGGAUAGCACGACUGCAAAUAUUAGCAAGUAUACAUGCGGGUUCACGGAUUAUCCGAUACCUGACAGAUACCCGGUCCAUUUGACCCCGGCAGACUUUCAAGAAUUUAUGCAAGGCUACGCUGAGCACUUUGGCCUCUUGAAACACAUCAUAUUCGAUACAAGCGUCAAGCUUGUCAAUCGCAACAAGGAAGACAACGGGUGGGAUAUCCAAGUUGAGAAUGUUGGGAGUGGACAUACAGACACGCGCCAUUUUGACAAGGUUGCUUUUUGUCAUGGUUAUCAGACGAUAAAGAAGAUGCCGGUUUUUCCGGGACAAGAGGAUUACAAAGGAGAUCUCAUUCACGCACAACAAUAUCGGAGCCCCGAGUCCUUCAAAGACAAGACAGUGGUGAUCCUCGGCCUAGCCACCACAACAGACGACAUCGCCCCUCAAGUUGUAUCUGUCGCUAAAAAGGUUUACGUAUCCCACAGAAGCGGGCAAAUUGUUGUCAGACGAUUUCGAAAAGGAACACCAUCCGACCUCCUAGUCUCAUGGAGACGCCGCGUAAUAAGUCAAUGGAUCGCAAAGAAUUUGCCAAACACAUACAGAUUUUUAGCAAACACACUAGCCAAGUUACUGUCAUCGCAAAUGGCAGGCAUGAAGUUAGACCCAGCGUGGCGCCUUAAAGACUUCAAGGAUCUGACAUUAAGUCUGCCCGGAAUUAUCGAGAAUGUUCUACCUCUUCUGAAAGAUGGGAGUGUGACGAGUCUACAUGGCAUCAAACGAUUUACGGGUGGAAAGUCAAUCGAGUUUGAAGAUGGAACGAUAAUUGAUGACGUUGAUAGCGUCAUCUUCACCACAGGCUAUCAAUGCGACUUUUCACCGGCACCAUUUGUCGAAAAGAGUAUUCCAAAGUCAUCAAACUACGGGGGUCCUUCUAUUCAUCGUCUAUACAUGAACGUCUUCCCACCAAAAUACGCCGACAGCUGCGUUAUGCUCUGUUACUCAGCAUAUGGCAAAAACAACGGUUUUUCUUUCAGCGACGUCAUGAACAUGGCUAUCUCCAACAUAUGGCGUGGAGUAAGCAAUUUACCCUCACACCAAGAGAUGGAAGAAUGGGUCGAUCAUCAUCACGAAUGGUUGGCAUCGAACUGGGCAAGAGAACCAACUGUAGACCUGAGCAUGGUGAAGCAGUACGAAUUUCAACCAUGGAUGCAUAAACAAGCUGGGACUGGAAUGGAGAAUCUCGGCUGGGGAUGGGCGGGAUGGAAGUUUUGGUGGAAGGAUCGAAAGAUGUACAAUCUCAUGAAUCACGGUGUUGAGACAGCGCAUAUGUUUCGGUUCUUUGAGACAGGGAUGAGAAGUACAUGGGAUGGAGCAAGAGAUGAAAUUAUACGACAGAACAGGAUCGUGAAGGAGGCUUUUGGGGGAAAGAAGAACAAGACGAGAAGCGACUAG